CGUGAGGCUAAAACCUUAUAACCCACCCGUCCAGCAAGCCCGAUGUCUGGGUUAAGGCACCGUCGGUCUUUUCGAGAGGAGCCGAAAAUGGACGAAAAGAGUGCGCUCCUUCGCCCCAACCUCCGGAAAAGAGCCACCGAUAAUACCCGUGAACAAAGAUUAGGGUUCGGUUAUGGGGUUGCCGCGUGUCUCAGCAUAUGGCUUCUGUAUACAAUUUGGUGGCGUGAAGGCGAUACGAUCGGAGGCCUCGAUUAUGGAUCAGAUUUCAAGUGGUCACAGGUCACACCAACGGAGCACCUAAAUUUCCAACCAUGCUAUGGAGAGUUUGAGUGCUCAAGGCUUAGUGUUCCGCUCGACUGGCAAAAUGCUUCAGACCCAAGACGUGCUGCCAUUGCAAUAACAAGAUUACCAGCAAAGGUACCCAUAACCCAUUCGCACUAUGGUGGCUCUGUCUUGCUCAAUCCAGGCGGGCCUGGAAACUCCGGUUCUGGCUUCGCUGGAAAACAUGGCAAAUCCAUCCAAACCAUAAUUGACGCAGAAGACCGAAAUUAUGAUAUCAUUGGCUUCGAUCCUCGAGGCGUUAAUCAAACAACUCCUCAUGCUUCCUGCUUCCCUGAUGAUUUCACACGGCAAAACUGGAUAAUCCAAAGUCAGACCCAUGGAACUCCGCACUCUAAUGAGACCUUUGCCGCACUAUGGGCGAGGAAGCAAGCUCUUGCUGAGAGCUGCGCCGAAAGGCUCACUUCAGGGGAACUCGAUGAGGUUGGGCGCCACAUGAACACGCGGGUGGUUGUUGAAGACAUGAUUGCAAUCAUUGAACGCCUCGGGGAGUGGCGUGAAAAAAGAGGACUUGAGCUCGUCAUGUCUUUACAACCAGACCAGGUCUCCGGAGCACUCGAACGAACUCGUUGGAAGAAGGGGGAAGAGAAGUUGCUGUACUGGGGCUUCUCAUAUGGUACUGUUCUUGGGUCAACUUUCGCUGCAGUUCAUCCCGAAAGAGUUGAGCGUGUGGUGCUUGACGGCGUAGUGCAAGCGGAGCAUUAUUAUGGAGGCAAUUAUCUUCCAGGACUGAUUGAUGCGGAUAAAGUUUGGACAAAUUUCUAUCAACACUGCUACGCUGCCGGCCCAGACAAAUGCGCGUUGUACUCCUCCAACGGUCCAAAGGCUAUCAAAAAGACCUAUGAGAAUAUCACUGCCACGCUCCAAAGGCGCCCUAUUCCUGUAAAAGCGCAUGGCCGUUAUUCAGCCGAUGUCAUCACUGCCGCCGAUCUUUCCUCACAUAUGAGCAAGGCUAUAUAUUUCCCGCUCGAGCAUUCCAUGGACAUUGCCCAAAUCAUCUUCGAGAUUGGACAGGGCAACGGUACCUUGUUGGCCGAAUAUAAGCAAGGUUCUCGUGAAGUCAUUUACCCUACUCAGGAUUGCAAACGGGAUGGUCCAUGGUCUGAAACCUGCCAUGACUUCGCCUUGCCUCUCGCCGAAGAAGAGAUUAAUGACGCUAUAUGGUGUACCGAUAUGGAAGGCGUUUACGGCAAGAGUUACGAGGAAAACUUGGAGUAUUGGCAGAGGUUGCGGGAGCAAAGUUACACGAUCGGCGACGUCUUCAUCGAGUCGACUCUCGCAUGCUCACAAUGGGCAAUUAAGCCAGCUUGGAGGCUUUCCGAGCCGAUUGAGGGCAAUACCACGCAUCCUAUUCUAUGGAUUGGGAACACAAACGAUCCUGUGACGCCGUUGGGUUCCGCGAGGCAGAUGGCAACUCGGUUUCCGGGCUCGAGUGUUUUACAUCUAGAUUCUGAUGGACAUACUACUAUUGCUGCGCCAUCUGUCUGCACUGCGAAGCAUGUUAGAAAGUAUUUCCGCACCGGGGAGCUCCCUGAGGACAAUGAACUGUGUACAGCAGAUCGUUUUCCUUUCGAGUCGCGAGCAGAAGCUGUGGCACGAUUUGCCGAUAGCCCAGAUGCGCAGCUUUUUGAAGCCUUGAUGGACUUCACCGAAGGGUUUUAGUUGAAGAUGGGCGAGUUUGGCAUUUCUGGUGGAAUAUUAAGACUUUGGGCAUGAGGAAUAGCGGAAGUUUCUUUGUGUCAUCAGCACUGCUUGCAGUAGCAACUAUAUUAUGGAUUAAAGGGACUGCUUCAGACGUAUAGGUGGGAGAGCCCACUUUUUUUUCACGUUUUUCAACUAUUUGGCCA